CAUAACACUAGAAAUGGCUUUGGUGAACACAUUACUAGUUGUGGCUUUCUGUUGGCUCUUAGUAGUCGAAGCCAGCUACGAGAAGACUUUUCUAACCAAGCACAACCAGUUGAGGAAAAAACACGGCUGUCCGCCACUAAAACUGGACGACGAUCUAAGCAGUGAAUGUGAGGAAUAUGCGAAAGAGCUGGCCGAGAAAGAUGAAAUGACACAUUCGGAACGUGCAGGGCACGAUUACGCUGAAAACUUGUGCUAUCGGUCUAGGCGUCACGAGAAAUGUGUUCAAGAAUGGUACGAUGAAAUCAAAAUUUACGAUUUUAACAAUCCUGUGUUUAAGAAGAAAACAGCCCAUUUUACCGCCUUGGUGUGGAAAGAAACCAAGAAAAUGGGUUAUGGCCAAGCCAAAAGUAAAAGAGGAAUAACCUACGUGGUAGUGAGAUAUACUCCAACUGGAAAUAUGCCUGGAGAAUUCAAAGAAAAUGUCCCGAAGCCGAUCAAAAAAAGGCGUAGUUCACCCCGUGAAGUUGAAACGAACAACUCUAAUCUACCUCAAGUCCAUGCCAUUCUCGUCCUGCUUACGUUCUUCCUGCUCUUCAAGACUCGAAGCAAGUGGUAAAGAUUCCGCCAAAGAAGAUAUCGGUUAAAUUUGUGCACCAUCUGGGAGGCAUCCGAUCCCUUUCCAGAUGAUGUUCAAAAUUAAUUGAUCGCUUUUAAGGAGCUUGCCAUUUCUGGAUCGCUGUGCUUACUUUUGGUGCGAAGAAGUCAAUAAGUACAACUUUAAUAAUACUAGCCACUUUACCUACGUGGCUUAAAAGAACUCAUGGAAAUUGGUAACGGCCAAGUUAAAGAUGCAAACGAGAUCUACUUCGUUGUGGGUGGCUUACACUUUAUAAAUUUAAGUUUUGAAGCAACAUUUGUUAACCCUAUCCAAAAUUAUGUACGUAUUUAGUAAAAAUUCGGCUCCCUAAAAUUGUCAUAAAAAAAUUCAGUUUGCGUAAAUAAAUCGAGAAAUUAAAAA